UUGGUUCUUGGUUUCUGUUUGGGAAAUUGUAUCAAGGCAGAGAGGGACACUGGGCUGACGGCAGCGGCGUUUAUACGGAUUUGGUGGAAACAAAUGAAAGGGCAAUGAGAGAAAUGCGGAAAGGAGUGGGAGUUGGGAAGAAAGAGUAUUCAACUGGGUUCAGACCUGACAGGAUUGAUGGAAAUGCCGUUCUCUCAUGGGGGGGUUCACUGUGCAUAUUGGGCGUGAAAAUAGAUGGCCGUUUUUUUGUUUGUUUUUUUUUUUUUUUUUCCUUUUCUUUCCUUUCUUUCUUUUUUUUCCGUUCUUCUCUGUUUAUGCGUUUUUUCCUCCUUGGACUGGCUUUUUUUUCUUCUUUGUUUUUUUUAUUUGUUCUUUUGUUGGUUUUUCGGAGUGUUUAACUUUAAUCUCAUUACACUUUCAGCUCUACAUUAAAAUACAGGCAAUGAAGAGAUUUGUAUUGAAAAAAGUAUUUGUUCCAAAAAAAAAUCUUUAAGCGCUAUGCCACCGCCCAACGAACCUCUCCUUCUAGUAGAGGUAGUACGGAGUAUUCUCCAAGCACUUGUCCUGUACACCUAAAUACCUUACUAAGUAAAAUAAAUACAUACAGGCAGGGAGACAAAAAAAUAAGCAUUCUU